AAAUUGUUUCCAAAUUCUACCCCCACUUAUAUCAGGACUAAAUUAAAGUAAUUAAUUUGGUCAUUCCACACCACCACAUAUUUCAUGCCUAACACUUUAAUUUCCUUCCACACGCACCUCUAUAUAAACUCCCUCCAUAACUCCAACCAAAUCAUAACACACUCUAUUUUAUUUAGAAACAGCAAUUAAGAGACAAGAAUCAUAUAACACAAAAUGGCUACCACCACCAACAUUGUUCAUUUCCUGACCUUAUUUGUUAUAGUAACCUCUUCAAUGUUUACAGUUACUAUGGCAAACAAGGAUUGGCCCUCCUUUGGUAAUUUUAACUACACUGAUUGGUGGUCUAGAUUUGGCAACCAUAAUCAUCAAAUAAAUAAGACAGAACAAGAACCUAAGAAGAUCAUUGUUGGUGGCUCUCAAAAUUGGCACUUUGGUUAUAACUACUCUGAUUGGGCUAUCAAGAGCGGCCCUUUUUACCUCAAUGAUACUCUCGUUUUCAAGUAUGAUGCUCCAAAUGCAACAAGUUUCCCCCACAGUGUGUACAUGUUUCCAUCAUGGAAGAGCUUCAAGAAUUGUGAUGUUAAGAGGGCUAAGAUGCUGGCAAAUCACACACAAGGUGUUGGAGAGGGAUUCAAGUUUGUGUUAAACAAAUGGAAGCCAUAUUACUUUGCAUGCGGUGAGAAAAAUGGGUUACAUUGCAACGUUGGACAAAUGAAGUUCACCAUUAUACCAAUGCUUCGCCCCUUAUGGCCAUCAUGGCCUUGAAAAAUUGCUACACUUACAACUCUUCAUAGCUUGCUCUCAUGGAAAAUUGGAAUUUUAGUAGCAACUUCUGAAUUUUAUAAUAUUUUUUUUCUUUUAAUUUUCAAUAUACGCUUCAACAAAUUAAAAUAAAUUGUGAGACUUUUCUUAUUUUAAUUGCUCUUAUCAAAAUAUGUAAUAUCAUUUGAAUAAUAAAAAUAUUUGUGGUA